AAGUACCGAUUGGUUGCCUCCCGUACAUGCCUGAACUGGGGACUGAACCUGCAAUCUAGUUCUUUUGCCAUGAAAAUGGUGUGGACAGUCUUGAACAUGCAGUAUUCAUGCUGAUGGGACAAGAUCCAAUAUGAAUAUAAAUGAUGGAGGAAGACGACGCUUUGAGGAUAAUGAACAUACAUUACAUAUAUAUCCUGGGACAAUCUCAGAAGGGACAAUCUACUGUCCAAUUCCUGCCAGAAAAAAUUCCACAGCUGCUGAGGUGAUUGACUCUCUUAUAAACAGACUUCAUCUUGACAAAACAAAAUGUUAUGUUCUAGCAGAGGUAAAAGAAUUUGGUGGAGAAGAAUGGAUACUCAAUCCAACAGACUGUCCAGUUCAACGAAUGAUGUUGUGGCCCCGAAUGGCUCUGGAAAAUCGCCUAAGUGGAGAGGACUACCGCUUUCUUCUGAGAGAAAAAAACCUUGAUGGAUCAAUCCAUUAUGGUAGUCUUCAGUCAUGGCUACGGGUAACAGAAGAACGUCGCAGGAUGAUGGAAAGGGGUUUUCUUCCACAGCCUCAACAGAAAGACUUUGAUGAUUUAUGUAGCUUACCUGAUUUGAAUGAGAAAACUCUCUUAGAAAACCUACGAAAUCGCUUUAAGCAUGAAAAAAUUUAUACCUAUGUUGGCAGUAUUCUAAUAGUUAUUAACCCAUUCAAGUUUCUUCCUAUUUAUAACCCCAAAUAUGUCAAAAUGUAUGAUAACCACCAGUUAGGAAAGCUUGAGCCUCACAUUUAUGCUGUGGCUGAUGUAGCUUAUCACACCAUGCUUCAGCGAAAAAAGAAUCAGUGCAUUGUGAUUUCAGGAGAGAGUGGUUCCGGCAAGACUCAAAGCACAAACUUUCUUAUUCACCACCUUACUGCUCUCAGUCAGAAAGGAUUUGCCAGUGGAGUGGAACAAAUUAUUCUUGGAGCUGGACCAGUACUUGAGGCUUUUGGAAAUGCAAAGACAGCUCAUAAUAACAAUUCAAGUCGUUUUGGCAAGUUUAUUCAAGUAAAUUACCAAGAAACAGGCACUGUACUUGGUGCCUAUGUUGAAAAAUAUCUACUGGAGAAGUCGAGACUUGUUUAUCAAGAGCAUAAUGAACGGAACUAUCAUGUAUUCUAUUACCUUCUGGCAGGAGCAAGUGAAGAAGAGAGAUUAGCAUUCCAUCUUAAACAGCCAGAAGAAUAUCAUUACCUUAAUCAGAUAACAAAGAAACCUCUCAGACAGAGCUGGGAUGAUUAUUGCUAUGACUCUGAGCCGGAUUGCUUUACCACAGAGGGCGAAGAUUUGAGACAUGACUUUGAACGUUUACAACUGGCCAUGGAAAUGGUAGGAUUUCUUCCCAAGACACGAAGACAGAUUUUCUCUCUUCUCUCAGCAAUACUACAUUUGGGUAAUAUUCGUUAUAAAAAGAAGACAUACCGGGAUGACUCCAUAGAUAUCUGUAAUCCUGAAGUUCUGCCUGUUGUCUCAGAAUUGUUAGAAGUUAAAGAAGAGAUGCUAUUUGAAGCAUUAGUUACAAGGAAGACUGUGACAGUGGGAGAGAAGCUUAUUUUACCAUACAAGCUGGCAGAGGCUGUGACAGUGAGGAACUCCAUGGCUAAGUCUUUAUAUAGCGCCCUAUUUGACUGGAUAGUUUUUCGGAUUAAUCACGCACUUCUGAAUAGUAAAGAUUUGGAGCAAAAUACCAAGACUUUGUCUAUUGGUGUUCUUGAUAUUUUUGGGUUUGAAGAUUAUGAAAAUAACAGCUUUGAACAGUUCUGUAUUAAUUUUGCUAAUGAACGUUUACAGCACUACUUUAAUCAACACAUCUUUAAAUUGGAGCAAGAAGAAUAUAGAGCCGAAGGUAUCAGCUGGCACAAUAUAGAUUAUAUUGAUAAUACCUGUUGUAUAAAUCUUAUUAGCAAGAAACCGACGGGACUCCUCCAUCUUUUAGAUGAAGAAAGCAACUUUCCACAGGCUACAAAUCAAACAUUGCUAGACAAAUUUAAGCAUCAACAUGAAGAGAAUUCUUACAUUGAAUUUCCAGCUGUGAUGGAGCCUGCUUUCACCAUAAAGCAUUAUGCCGGGAAAGUAAAAUAUGGAGUAAAGGAUUUUCGGGAAAAAAAUACAGAUCAUAUGCGCCCUGACAUUGUAGCUCUCCUGAGAAGUAGCAAGAAUGCAUUUAUCUCUGGGAUGAUUGGAAUUGAUCCUGUAGCUGUUUUCCGAUGGGCGGUUCUCCGAGCUUUUUUCAGAGCCAUGGUUGCUUUCAGGGAAGCUGGGAAAAGACAUAUUCAGAGCAAAACUGGACAUGAUGAUACAGCGCCAUGUGCAAUUUUGAAAAGUAUGGAUAGUUUUAGCUUUCUCCAACAUCCAGUCCACCAGAGGAGUUUAGAGAUUCUGCAGAGGUGCAAGGAAGAGAAGUACAGUAUAACCCGGAAAAACCCCAGAACACCUCUUUCUGACCUCCAGGGCAUGAAUACCUUAAAUGACAAAAACCAGCAUGAUAUAUUUGAUAAUGCCUGGAAUGGCAGAACUGGGAUUCGCCAGACCAGACUAUCAAGUGGCACCUCCUUGCUUGACAAAGAUGGGAUAUUCGCUAAUUCAGCUAGCAGCAAACUCUUGGAAAGAGCCCAUGGAAUUCUCACGAGAAACAAAAACUUCAAAUUCAAGCCUGGCCUUCCAAAGCACUUGCUAGAGGUAAAUUCUUUAAAGCACCUGACAAGACUGACCCUGCAGGAUCGAAUUACCAAGUCGCUUCUUCAUUUGCACAAGAAGAAGAAACCUCCCAGCAUCAGUGCUCAGUUUCAGGCCUCAUUAAACAAGCUGAUGGAGACACUUGGUCAAGCAGAACCAUAUUUUGUAAAAUGCAUUCGCUCUAACGCAGAAAAGCUGCCAUUAAGGUUCAAUGAUGCCUUGGUACUUAGACAGCUUCGGUAUACUGGGAUGCUGGAGACAGUUCGAAUUCGCCAGUCAGGAUAUAGCUGUAAAUACUCCUUCCAGGAUUUUGUGAGCCACUUCCAUGUUCUUCUUCCUCGAAAUAUUAUUCCAUCCAAAUUUAACAUUCAGGAUUUCUUCAGGAAAACAAAUAUUAAUCCAGACAAUUAUCAAGUUGGAAAAUCCAUGGUGUUCCUGAAGGAGCAGGAACGACAGCACCUACAAGAUCUACUUCACCAAGAGGUGCUCCACAGAAUCAUACUGUUGCAACGAUGGUUUAGGGUCUUGCUCUGCAGGCAGCAUUUCCUCCAACUGAAACAAGCAUCAGUUAUCAUCCAGCGAUUCUGGAGAAAUUACCUAAAUCAGAAGCAAGUCAUCAGAGAUGCAGCUGUGCAAAAAGAUGCUUUAGUUAUAGCUAAUGCAGCUACUCUCCUCCAAGCUUCUUGGCGUGCUCACUUAGAGAGGCAGCGAUAUUUGGAGCUCCGGACUGCAGUCAUCAUCAUCCAGCAGAGAUGGAGGGAGCACUACAGGCGGAAGCAAAGAGCUGCUAUUUGUAUACAGGCACAAUGGAAAGGCUAUAGGGAAAGUAAGAGGUAUCACGAGCAAAGGAACAAAAUUAUCCAUUUGCAGUCAAUAUGUAGAGGAUUCAGAGCAAGACAGAGAUUUAAAGCUUUAAAAGAACAAAGACUGAAAGAAGCAAAAAUAGAUCUUGGAUUGAUAAAUAUUGAGCCAUAUGGUUCUGUGAAAAUUCAUGGUUCAGACCCUUCAGAAUGGGAGGAUUGUUCCUUCGACAACAGAGUAAAAGCCAUAGAAGAAUGUAAAUCUGUGACAGAGAGCAAUCAAAAUAAUUCAGUUGAUUGCUGGAAGGAGUCCCCAAACAAGCGACAGGAGAGAGCCAGAAGCCAAAGUGGUGUGGACUUGCAGGAAGAUGUAAUUGUAAGAGAGAGACCCAAGUCUUUGGAGGAUCUCCACCAGAAAAAAGUAGGACGUGCCAAAAGAGAAAGUCGGAGAAUGAGAGAACUAGAACAAGCUAUAUUUAGCUUAGAAUUGCUGAAAGUCCGUUCUCUUGGUGGUGUGUCUCCUUCAGAAGAACGCAGAUGGUCUACGGAAUUGAUGCCCGAGGGUCUUCAGUCCCUUCAGGGUACACCUGAUAGUGAAAGCUCUCAAGGAAGCUUGGAACUUCUGAGCUGUGAGGAAAGCCAAAAGUGCAAACUAGAGUCCGUAAUUUUAGAUGAAGGAGACUUGCAGUUUCUAUCACCUGAGAUAUCUAGUAGUAAAAAAUUUGAUUCACAGGACAAUGCCCUCAGUGCAUCAAGUGAGACUAAUUGUACCUUGAUUCAAAAGGGCGCACCCUCUGAAUCAGUGCAUUUGAAGAAUGGGACUAUGAAGGAAAAACUGGUUUGCAGUUCUGAAUCUAUUACCUAUAAGCCACCCCUGAGAGACCCCUUUAUUUCCAGUAGUCUGCCUACAUUUUUUUAUAUUCCUCAACAAGACCCACUGAAAACAAGUUCCCAACUAGACACAAGUAUUCAGAGAAACAAACUAAUAGAAAGUGAAGAAACACUUCCAGUUCUUACUUUAGAUAUCAACAGGGAAGCCAGAAAGUAUCACUUCUCAGGAGAAAAUCAAGUUGUUGCUUCUUGGAAUACAGAUUCUUCUAAUACUGUGCUUAAAAGGUUGGAAAAGCUCAACACUGAGAAGGAAAAAAGGCAAAAGCAAUUGCAGCAACAGAAUGAAAAAGAAAUGAUGGAACAGAUUCGCCAGCAAACAGAUAUUUUAGAGAAGGAGCGUAAAGCUUUCAAGACAAUUGAAAAACCAAGAAUUGGGGAGUCUUUCCCAGUAUCAUAUUCCCAUCAAUCAAAGCAAAGAGUAGAAAGGCCAUCCUCUCUCCUCAUCCUGAAUACCCCAAAUAAGGAAGAACUCGAUGUACGAGGGCCUCCAUCAAUAACUGUAAAAGAUGCAGCUCUUGCCCCAAAAGACAGUUCCUCUGCUCACUUACCCAUGCGAGAUCAAACCGUCUUCCUGUGCUUUGAAAGAAAAGGAGGCCCAUGUCAAUCUAGUACUGUCGAUGAAUUGUCCAAGACAGACAGAAGGUGCACCCAACUGAAUGUAGCCUGUAACCUCUCUAAUAAUCGCGUUUCAAAAAAAGGACAGUUUAGGCCAACUCAGGCUUAUGGCCACAAAUCUAAUGACCCUCCCAGAGAUGGAACUACUAGGGCCAUUUUCUACACACCAAAGGAAAAUAUGAGUAUUCCUCUCAUCAGCAAGGAAUCCUUAAACAGUGGAAAUCUUCAACUCCAUAAACAAGAUGAACCAGCUUCGAAACCUGUAAAGUUAACUGGGCCGGGCCAAGGAGAGCAGGUUGCCAGACCGGCCCAUAAAAAGAAAGCUCGAAUGGCGCGGACGCGCUCCGAUUUCUUGACUAGAGGUACUUUUGCUGAUGGGGAGGGGGAUACAGAGGAAGAUGAUUACGAUGACAUUGAGCCCCUUCUCUCCCUUGACCAACCUUCUCACUCUGAGCUAGGGCCAGCACCCAGCCUGGGUCAGGCCUCUCACAGUGACUCCGAAAUGACAUCACAGCGAUUUUCUUCAGUUGAUGAAGAAACAAAGCUUCAUAAGACUAUGUCUCAAGGAGAGAUUACGAAAUUGUCAGUGAGACAGAAGACUUCAGAUUUGGAUAUAAGACCUCAGAGAGCUAGGAUGAGAUUCUGGGCCAAAGGGAAACAAGGGGAGAAGAAGAUUACCAGAGUGAAACCCACCACCCAGUCAGAGGUUUCGGCACUCUUUGCUGGCUCAGAUACGAUUCCAGCUCAUCAGUUUUCAGAUGAACUAGCUCCCUAUCAUCCAACACCUCCUUUGAGCCCAGAAUUGCCUGGUAGUUCCCAGAAGGAAUUCAAAGAGAACAAAGAGCCUUCUCCAAAGGCGAAGCGCAGGCGAAGUGUGAAGAUCAGCAGUGUGGCUUUGGAAUCUAUGCACUGGCAAAAUGACUCUGUCCAGAUCAUAGCAAGUGCCAGUGAUUUAAAAAGCAUGGAUGAAUUUCUUCUGAAAAAGGUGAAUGACUUAGAUAAUGAAGACAGCAAGAAAGACACACUCGUGGAUGUUGUAUUUAAAAAAGCCCUGAAAGAAUUCCGGCAGAAUAUCUUCAGCUUUUAUUCAUCUGCACUGGCGGUGGAUGAUGGCAAAAGCAUACGAUAUAAAGACCUCUACGCACUGUUUGAGCAGAUUCUGGAAAAGACCAUGAGGCUUGAGCAACGUGAUUGGAGAGAAUCUCCAGUCAGAGUUUGGGUGAACACUUUUAAAGUGUUUUUAGAUGAAUAUAUGAAUGAACUCAAGACUUUGGAUUGUAUACCCCCAAAGGUGCCAAAAACAGAAAGAAAGAAAAGAAGGAAAAAAGAAACUGAUUUAGUGGAAGAGCACAAUGGUCACAUCUUUAAGGCCACUCAGUAUAGCAUUCCUACAUACUGCGAGUACUGUUCUUCUUUGAUAUGGAUAAUGGACCGAGCCUCUGUUUGCAAGUUAUGCAAGUAUGCUUGCCAUAAGAAAUGCUGUCUGAAAACUACAGCCAAGUGUUCUAAAAAGUAUGAUCCAGAGCUAUCAUCUCGACAGUUUGGGGUUGAACUGUCCCGUUUGACAAGCGAAGACCGAACUGUUCCUUUAGUGGUGGAAAAGCUCAUAAACUACAUUGAAAUGCAUGGACUGUAUACAGAAGGUAUUUAUCGAAAGUCUGGUUCAACUAAUAAAAUCAAGGAGCUUCGACAAGGUCUAGAUACAGAUGCUGAGAGUGUAAACCUAGAUGACUAUAACAUACAUGUCAUUGCAAGUGUAUUCAAACAAUGGCUUCGUGAUUUGCCCAAUCCACUCAUGACCUUUGAGCUCUAUGAGGAAUUUCUUCGAGCUAUGGGUCUUCAGGAGAGGAAAGAGACAAUCCGUGGUGUAUACUCUGUGAUUGACCAGCUCUCCCGAACUCAUCUCAAUACACUGGAACGCCUCAUCUUUCAUUUAGUCAGGAUCGCUCUGCAGGAAAACACUAAUCGAAUGUCUGCUAAUGCUUUGGCCAUUGUGUUUGCACCCUGCAUUCUCCGCUGCCCUGACACCAUAGACCCACUACAAAGCGUGCAGGACAUCAGUAAGACUACCACCUGUGUGGAGCUGAUUGUUGUGGAACAAAUGAAUAAAUAUAAGGCUCGUCUCAAAGACAUCAGUAGCCUGGAAUUUGCUGAGAAUAAGGCAAAGACCAGGUUGUCUCUGAUUCGUAGAUCAAUGAAACCUGUACUAAUUGCAGUUAGAUUUAUGAGCAUUACCCGCAAUUCAGUCUCGGGAAAGGGGCGUCUUCAUCGAGGAAACUAUCCAAGUCCGUCCUCUCCUGUUGCCGUUGGGUUGCCCUCCAUGUCUGAUGUCCCAGAAGAGGCCUUGACUGGUGAUGCAGCCAUGGAGACGGACAUGACGGAGCAGCAGCGUGCGGCCAUGCAGCAGGAGGAGAGAGUGCUAGCUGAGCAGAUUGAGAGCCUGCAGAAGGAGAAGGAGGAGCUAACAUUUGAAAUGCUUGUACUGGAACCCCGUGCUUCCGAUGAUGAAACCCUUGAGUCUGAGGCCUCCAUUGGGACUGCCGAUAGCUCAGAAAACUUGAACAUUGAGUCUGAAGGUGCAGUCUCUGAGAAAUCAGAGAGAAGCUUAACGCUUAGCACCCUGAAGACAGCUGGCAAGUCUGAACCUUCUGGCAAGUUGAGAAAGCAGCUAAAAAAGCAGCACGACUCUUUGGAUUCAGUGGACUCUUCGGUCUUGGCUUUUUGUUCAUCUAACACUGCAUCUUCUCAUGGGACCAGAAAACGAUUCCAGAUUUAUUCCAAAUCUCCAUUCUACCGAGCUGCCUCUGCUGGGGAGGCCGUGGGAGUGGAGGGGCCAUUGGGCCAGACCAAAACCCUGGAAGACAAGCCUCAGUUCAUCAGCAGAGGAACCUUCAACCCUGAAAAGGGCAAACAAAAAUUAAAGAAUGUGAAAAGCUCACCUCAGAAAACCAAAGAGACCCCAGAGGGGACAGCGGUGUCUGGCCGCAGGAAAACUGUGGACCUGGACUGCAGCUCCGCCCAACAGCCAGCUCUCUUUGGAAGUAAUGAGUUUAUGGUCUGAACUGGCAGACGUGUGUCCCUUCACGGCCGCAGAGCGGUAAACACAUCUCAUCUUUGGGGUCCCUUCUCUCUCAUCACCUCAUCCACGAUACCCACCCUAAAUGAGGUCCUGCCUCUUGCCCAAGCAUACCAGUGAGACCUUGCGUGCUGAGUCCCUGGGCCUCAUGGGGAAGUGGGAAGGCCUCUCUGAAGCCUGCUGGGGAUGGAGCCGGCUGUGCCUUGGCUGCUGUGUUAGACUAGAGAUCCCAUUAACGAAGCCCCUGGGCUCGGGCCCCAGGAUUUGGGUCAGUUGUGGAGGCCUGUGUAGUCACCUCUCUUCUGUCCUCUUUUCCCUUUCCAGAGGUGGGUGUGGACCUGGGGCACACAUUGUGGGCCUGAAGGACCCACUGAUUUCUGACAUAUGAAGAAAACAUAUAAAUCUUUCUUAACCAUGAAAGCAAAAGCCGUUGGGUUUAUUUUGGGAUAGUGAGGAGCUGGGGUAGAAUAUACUUCUUUUCCAAGAAUUUAUAAACAAAGAGCCUGAGCCUUCUAUUUUAAGAUGUUUGAAAAAUACUUCAUGUUCUAUUCUGGGGAAAGUGAAAAAGCAGUUGUUUCCAUCAGAGCUCGUUCUCAGACCUCUGGUUACACAAUGAAGAAGAGAGUACAUGUUUUGUUCUUUGGUGAUGUUUGAUGAAAUAAUAAUCGAUGCUGGUUUAACUCCUCAUUAGUUUCUGCCAAAUAUAUCGCAUGGGCUGAAGUUUCAGUAGCCACACUGUUCUCGUACUCCCUGGUCCCAGGAUCGGGUUUCUCUAUUUUUUUUCAAAUGUCCCAGAGAUAGGGUGAUCCCUAAACAUGAGGGUUUCACCCUAAUCCAACCAGGUUUUUCUCUUUGCAUAGAUUAAACUGAAGAUCACAUAUUCAGCUGCUGGUAGAUUUCAACCACAAACUCAAGACAAAUGAAUUGACCAUUUAAUCACUUCUCCCAAAGCACUCACACACAAUACUGCAUGAACACAUGUUACAGAAAGCUGCCAAAAAAUAAGAGAAAAGGUUUUCAGAUGAUCCAUCUACUUUUGUCGUCUUUUCCUCAGACCAUCAGUAUUAGAUUUUUUUAAAUAUCAAGGACUACUUGAAGCUACUUUUGUUAAUAUUCUGGUUACUGAAGUUUAAUGUAAAUAUUUAUGUAUAGUAUGCAUAUUUCUUUUUAACCUUAUGCUUCCCCCCUCCCACAGAAUUUCUUCCCCCAGAUUAGGGAUCAUGGGACAGGGAGGUGAGAGCCACGCAUCCCUGGGUUGAGGGAUAAGUCAGACUAUCUUUCACCACUAGGCGUCUCCAUAUGCCUGAGCUAUAAUAGCAUUUUAAGCUUCUUAGUGUCCGGGGGGAUUAGAAAUCUGUUUUUGCUAUUUAUAAUAUAUGGAAAAUGAAACAUGAUACUCUUUCUUGACAUAUGUAUGUGAAAAUGUUUAUUUUUAAAGUUACUAAAUGCAUCUUGUCUAACUACCACAUGCACUGUUCUAAAAAAAGAGCCUUUACCAUCUGUGACCUGAAUUUUGGUUAUUCAUGCUUCUUUGAUUGGAAAUUAUGGAAGUACUAAGAUUUGUGUCAAGGCAGAGUCUCUCCUGUUACACAACACUGAACCUCAUGCCACUGCUUAAGUGGUUGUUGUCGAGCCCCAGAGCUAAGACUCGUUCUGAGUGGCAGCUGAAGGUAGCAGGAAGGAGUCUUACCUGUCCUGGGUUUGGGUUCUGAAAUGUGCUGGUGAAAGGAAUCUUUACAAGUCUCCAGAAUGAUGAUAGUGAGUAAAUAUUUCAUUUUAAAUCCUGCAAACAUCUGCCACCUUGCAUGCCGUCCUAAGGAGUAUAAAUGUAAAGCCUUUAAAAGUCUGAAUUUUGGAAAAUCUGGAGGAAAACCCAGUCCCUCAGCGUGGUUGUGUCAAAGUGGGAUUGCUGCUGCCGCAGGCCCUGCCAUCCGCACGUCUGCUCAGAGUCCCUGGGGGAGCAGUGCUCUGCUGUGCGAGGGCUGCCCUUCCCCUGCCGGGCACCGGUCAGUGCCGCACAGAAGGGGGGUCACUUCUGUUGGCUAAUUUCCUUUGGCCCAGAGGAAUGGCCUAGAGAAUACGUCUUGGCAUAUGUUCUCCUUCUAAAUCUUUGUGGGUUCUUCUGUUGUUACUGUUUGCAAAAUAAGUUUUUGGCAGUUGAAAAAACUACUCGUAUAGGACACUUUAUAGAACUCGGCAAUGGAUGUUAAGAGACUUUAUAAUUUUUCUCAGGGACCUGAAACCUGAUUUUGGAUAAAAUUAAAUAAAAAAUACUUGUUUUUCAGUUACUAGGUUUGUGGAUUUCUAGUCAUUUAACAAACUGCCAGAAGGGAGGGUGAUGGGGAGGAGAGAUACAUGCAGUGGCAGGGAUGGAGACAAGUGUGGGACUCUCCCUUUGAAGGAAGGAAAGCCAUUUUUCGUGGGAUAAUAGGUACUGUUGACCUGAGAAAGAUGACACCGUAACUCUUAAAAACUGUCAGAGUCAAGUGCUGUAUAUCCUGCCAUUUGAUCUUCACUGAUUCUCUUCCUGGCUCAGGCUAUGUCGCCACAAAGUGAGGAGGCUGCAUGCAUUGCAGUCAUUCACGACUGAGCUCUUUAACCUCAGUGUGUGUUGCAUCUGUAUUUUCACUGCUUCUCCUUUGCCUGUUUUCUUUGAUCUCAGAAAAAUGCCUGUACAGCAGCAGCUGGGUAGCCCUACACUCGGAGCUCAUCUUCCAAAAUCAAGUACAUUCUGUUCCUAGCACACCUUCCCAGUCCCAGACAAAGCCUGGAUUUCAGUCCUCCUGAUUUAAAGCCAACACGUCCCUUAUCAUGAAAAAAUGUGAUGGCAGCAGAGAAGUCUAAUUUGGGAUCACAAUGGGUAUCAUAAAGUGAAGCAAAUUACUUUAACGGCAGAUACAGGGAGGGUUCAGGAAGGUGAGACAUGCUUAGUUUGUAAUGUACUUUAUACUUCCUGCCAGUUUAAUGUUUUUGCCACUCUGGGCUUCUGAAAGUGCAAAGGGAGAUACCACCUUUCCUGCAGGAGCCUCGCAGAGGCCGUGGGACCUGAGGUCAGGAAAUGGGAUGCCAGAGCCCCGCCGCCUUCUCACUCUUCAGAAACCAGCCACAGUUCUUCACUAACCUCUGCUGGGAGGCUAGCGGAGACUUCUCUGUUCUAUCAUGAUGGGGUGGUUUUCACUGUCAAAGACGGAGGAUCCCAGAAACUUACUGAAAAGAGGAGAUCCAACAAGGUGCCACAGGCCCACUUCAGUGCCUGUGGGUCUUGUUUUUUUAAACUCAAACUAAUGGAUGUAUACGUUUCUAGUUCACUUUAGUGAACUAGAGAGAAGAAAGUGUUCUCAGUACGUGUUCAAAGCUACAAGAGUUUUAAUUUUAAAAAGAAACACUGUCCAGACUGCUUUACUCACCCUUGUCUCCCCUCUCCGUUUUUUCCCUUGAUGGGGAGCUGGAUGUGGGGCAUGCAUCCUUCUGUGUUGACAAAUGUGUUAUGUCACCCAUAAUUUUGUGACAGCUCUCCCACACUGUCGUCCCCCAACACCAUGCUAGCCUUGGUGGUAAAAUUUCUUGGUAUUUAUGGGACUCCUCUUUCUAUGCCCCUAAAAUACUUUUAACCACUUUUCUCUGGAACAACUCCCACAUUUGAUUUGGUAUGAAAUGGUAACAACGGAAUGAUGAGUGUGGACAUGAGCUACUCGGUUUUGUUGGUCUCUUGGUUGAAACUGUUUUAGAAAAAAUUCCCACCGAGGGACCUGUCACCUUGCUGUCCAUCCACACUUCAUACCUGUUUAUCAGCCCUCUUGGGCCAUGUUAAAGUUGCACCUUUUGAACACGUAUUUACUAGGGCAAAGGUGUAUACUACAGAUUAGUGUUAUAUUAUUUUAAUGGAUUUAAAUAAUUUAUAAGUAUGCUAAGUGUAAAUUUUUAAAUGACUAUGUAUUGUAAAAGGACAUAUCCUGUGAAAUAUAAUAUUUUACUGUUAAACAGAAUAAUUCUCAAAGAAGAAUGAUUUAUCUCACCCGUGGAACUGACUACAUCCUGAUAACAAUCAACAGGCACUUUGUAAUUUCUUUUUGGGUUUUUUGGGGAGCUGUCGGGAAGCAAGACAUCAUCUGUAUAAAAUUCUAUUUGUAUCACUCACAAUAUGCACUGUAUGGCUACACGAGCAGCUUGAACAAAUCGCUCCAAUGGCUCAUUAAAGAACAAAAGCUUCCAGA